AAACAACAGUCCCUUCACACCUUAGGAGAGAGGUGGCUUCCUGCCAGCACCCAGCCUGGCCAUGGGCAUCCAGGUCUGGAAGGAACAUUUGGCAAUGUCCCCAGCUCCACUGCAGGCUGUGGCACGGGGAGGAGAGAGUGCCAUUGUGUUUCCCACUACCCUGAGCAUGUGUAGAAAUCCCCAGCCUGGCUGGGGUCUCUGGGGUCAGGACCCACUGGUGUCAGCACCGCUCUGCCCCCAUACCCAGCACGGACCUGCCACUCCCAACCAGCUCGGGGGGUUUGAGCCCCCCAGCUCCUUCUCUCCCUUCAUGUCCCUGUGCUGCUGGGCACAGGGACAUCCCCAGCCGCAAGCCCGCCCUCUGGCCAGCGUGUGACCGUGUCCCUUGGACGCACUCGGCGCUGGAACGAGUUUAAGGCGAGCUGGGAGCGCCUCGAAAGCUUCGCCGCGUGCUCCGCAGUCCCCGGGGCCAGCCCUGCCUCCUGGCACGGGCACAGCGCUGCUCUGCCCGCCCUUCCACCUGCCCUGCACGCUCAGCCCAACGUGCUGGGACUGCCCAGAUGGAUCCUGCGCCUUCCCCUGCGUGCUCCCAGGGCUGGCACUGCCAGGCAGUGUGUGUUCUGCCAUCCCUUUGCCUCAGCUCAGCUGCCAGUCAGGGCACCCGCACACCCUGAGAGCUCCCUCUCCUUUCUGCCACUCCAUCUCUCUCUGCCUUGCUGGAUUGCUCUCCUCUUCACCCUUUAUCUUGUUUUCUUUCCCUCUGCUGCCUGUUCUCCCUGUUUUCCUCCUCUCCACCCUGCUGCCCUGGUGCCCAGCCCUGUCCAGCUGAGGAGGUUCCCAUCCUGUGCCUCCUCUCCCUCGGUUGGGCUGUUUGCAGUGCUCUCCCUUCCCCCUGCUUACAGCACUUCCGACAUCAUGGGAUUAUUUUUCUUUUUCCCCUUGUCUUGUAGCUUUUGGCUCCCAAAGCCCUUGAUUUCCUUUGGAGUUUGGGAGGAGAGACGUGGGGAGGAGGGGGGGUGGAGAGGCUGCCUCUCUUAGGGCCUUCGUCAGAGCCAAGUGGCCAGGAAGAGCCUCAGCCCUUCCACAGCGGCGAGCAGCGAGGUCCCAGACAGGAGCACAGGAUCACAGACAAGAUGAAGCAGCUGUUCCUCCUCUUCCUCCUCGGGCUCAUCACCGGCUCCUUGCAGAUCGAAGACAACAAGAUCCCUGGGCUGUGCUCAGGGCAGCCGGGCAUCCCGGGGACCCCGGGCCUGCACGGGGGCCAGGGUUUGCCAGGCAGAGACGGACGAGAUGGCCGGGAUGGAGCCAUGGGGAUGCCAGGGGAGAAGGGCGAGAUGGGCCCUCCUGGAGUGCCCGGUCCCCGCGGGGAGGUGGGCAGCCCCGGCGUGGACGGGCUGCACGGCGAGAAGGGCGCUCAGGGCGAGUGCGCCGUGGCUCCUCGCUCCGCCUUCAGCGCCAAGCGCUCCGAGUCCCGCAGCCCUCCCCUGGCCGACCAGCCCAUCCUCUUCGACGUGGUGCUCAUCAACGAGCAGGGCCACUACGACCCGGCCACGGGCAAGUUCACCUGCGAGGUGCCCGGCCUGUACUACUUCGCCGUGCACGCCACCGUGUACCGCACCAGCCUGCAGUUCGACAUCAUGAAGAACGGCCACUCCAUCGCCUCCUUCUUCCAGUACUACGGCAACUGGCCCAAGCCCACCUCGCUCUCUGGGGGCACCCUGGUCCGCCUGGAGCCCGAGGAUGAGGUGUGGGUGCAGGUAGGGGUGGGGGACUACAUCGGCUUCUACGCCAGCGUCAAGACGGACAGCACCUUCACCGGCUUCCUCGUCUACUCCUACUGGCAGAACUCCGCCGUGUUCGCCUGAGCCAGCCCUCGGCUGCGGGUGGGGCCGGGCAGGUGCCCCUUCGCAGCCCCCAGCGCGGUGGGAGCCGGGGCAGCGCGACCCCUGCCCCGUUCGGGGCACAGAAACGCUCCCUGUGCCAUCGCGGGGGUGACGGAGCCCCCCUGGAGCAGCGCUGGGUCAGAGCUCGCUGUUAUUUUGGGCACCCCCAGGGCAGGGCAAGCCGGGCUGAGUGGCCAGGAGCCCGUCCCGGGGGUCCUGCCCCAUCCCUCCCCUCAAUAAAGG